UACAAGUUCACCUACAUGUGACCCUACCGACCAGAUAGAAGAUAAACCUCUCAACUUUAUCAGGUUUUAGGAAAGACUCCAACUUUCCCCCUUCUUCCUUCUUUGGCUCUGCAAACUUUCCUUUCCAUAAUUAUCAGUCAUUCGACACAACUUUAGCUAGCUUGAGCAGACGAGAAAGGCUAGAAACUGUAUGUAGCUAUGGCAAGCGUGAUCAUAUCCCCAACCUUCUCUGUCAACAGAAGCAGCAGAGAUUGUAAAAUCUUGAAAAAUACUAUUCGGCAAUGUCAAGGUAUAAAGGCGAUGCACAUCGAGAAGCCUCUUGAGGAGUUGUACAACGUAAGGGUGGAAAGGAAAGUGUCACGAGAUAGACUGGCAGAGCUUGGGGUUUCAAAAUGGUCAGUGUGGAAGACUGACAAGUGCAAAUUGCCCUGGGACUGGCAGGUGGACCAGUUAGUUUACAUUGAGGAAGGAGAGGUGAGGGUAGUUCCUGAAGGGAGCAAAAAAUACAUGCGAUUUGUUGCAGGAGACCUUGUUCGCUACCCAAAGUGGUUUGAGGCUGACCUCUUUUUCAAUGCUCCAUACCAAGAGCGAUAUAGUUUCCGAGCUUAUGGUGAUGACCACUAAUCCUUUUCUGUGUACUUCAUUGAGGAAUGCAAUGCUUGUUUCUUUGUGUUGGCUUCAAAGGCAUCCAUUUUAGAAUAGAAAUAUGAACUCAACAUCUGCCAUUUGGAACGCUAAUGUAAAAUGAUCAAAAUAUCAUCUCAUGAUUUUUCAGUUA